UAGCGGUUCCCAAGGGAAAAGAAUGGACUUUCGCCAUCGCCCUGUUCCUCCCCAACCUGGGGGCGUCAGGGGCUGGACAGGGUGGUGCUUUUGGGACUAAGCAGGCUGGAGGGAGGCAGGAAGUCUUUAAGCUGAGAUCGCUCUGCCUUCCCUGGAGCGGAGGCUACGCCGCCUUGCCUGGAGCUGAGAUCGCUCUGCCUUCCCUGGAGCGGAGGCUACGCCGCCUUCCCUGGAGCUGAGAUCGCUCUGCCUUCUGGAAGCCAGCUCAGUGCAUGCAGCUUCCAGGCAGAUCUGAGCCAGGACCCAGACACAUUGCCACUGGGUCUCAUUCUCCUCAUCUGACCUAAUGGGGUUGGUGACAUUCAAGGAUGUGGCUGUGGACUUCACCCAGGAGGAGUGGGCCCUCUUGGACCAUCCUCAGAAGGAGCUGUACAAGGAGGUCAUGCUGGAGAAUGCCCAGAACCUGCUCUCCCUGGGGCUUCCAGUUCCCAGAGAAGAUGUGAUCUCUUAUUUGGAGCAAAGUGAAGUGCCAUGGAUGCUGGAGAAAGAAGGCCUAAAAAUCUGCUGUCCAGAAAGAGAGAUCAGACUUGAAAUGAAGGAAACUACGGCAGAGCUAAGCCUUUUUGUAGAAGAAAUCCACAAACAAAGAUUCAUGAGUGACAGUGCCUCUGACUUUACUUGGAGAGAAAUCUGUGCUAUACAUGAAAGAAUUCACACUGGAGAGAAACUUUAUGACUGUAAACAAUAUGGAAAGACUUUUACAGAGACAAGAGAUCUUACUGAACCUCAGAGAAUCCAUACUGGAGAAAAACCUUAUGAAUGCAAUAAGUGUGGAAAAGCUUUCAGAUCCAGCUCCAGUCUUGCUGAACAUCAGGGAACCCACACUGGAGAGAAACCAUAUGAAUGUAAUCAAUGUGGAAAAGCUUUUACAUGGGGAACUGGUUUGAUUGUACAUCAGAGAAUCCACAAGGAAGAGAAAACUUAUGAAUGUUAUCAUUGUGGAAAGACUUUCAAAAGUAGAAAUGGUAUUCAUGUACAUAAAAGAAUCCAUACUGGAGAGAAACCAUAUGAAUGUAACCAGUGUGGAAAGACUUUUACAUGUAAGUCUGGACUUAGUGUACAUCAGAGAAUCCACACUAUAGAGAAAUCUUAUAAAUGUAAUCAGUGUGGAAAAGCUUUUCCACAGAAAUUAUAUCUUAGUGUACAUCAGAAAAUCCACACUAUAGAGAAACCUUAUAAAUGCAAUCAAUGUGGAAAGACUUUCAAAUGUAGGAAGAGUAUUGAUGCACAUCAGAGAACCCACACAGGAGAGAAAAUUUAUAAAUGUGAUCGAUGUGAAAAGACUUUCAAAUAUAAGAAGACUCUUAUUCUACAUCAAAGAAUUCACACUGGAGAGAAACCAUAUGAAUGUAAUCAAUGCGGAAAGGCUUUUACACAGAGAACUGGUCUUAUUGUACAUCAGAGAAUCCACACUGGAGAGAAACCUUAUAAAUGUUCUCAAUGUGAAAAGACUUUCAAAAGUAGGAAUGGUGUUCAUGUACAUCAGAGAAUCCACACUGGAGAGAAACCAUAUGAAUGUAAUCAAUGUGGAAAAACUUUAACAUAUAGGGCUGGUCUUAUUGCACAUCAGAGAAUCCACACUGGAGAGAAACCUUAUGAAUGUAAUCAAUGUGGAAAAGCUUUUACACAGAAAUUCCAUCUUACUGUACAUCAGAGAACCCACACUGGAGAGAAACCUUAUCAAUGUAAUCAAUGUGGAAAGACUUUCAAAAGUAGGAAGAGUUCUGAUAUACAUCAGAGAAUCCACACUGGAGAGAAACCAUAUGAAUGUAAUCAAUGUGGAAAGGCUUUUACACAGAGAACUGGCCUUAUUGUGCAUCAGAGAACCCACACUGGGGAGAAACCUUAUGAAUGUAAUCAAUGUGGAAAGGCUUUUACACGGAAGGACUCUCUUGCUCUACAUCAGAGAAUCCACACUGGAGAGAAACCAUAUGAAUAUAAUCAAUGUGGAAAAGCCUUUACAUGAAGGGAUAGUCCUGUUCUACAUCAGAAUCCACACUGGAGAGAAACAUGAAUGUACCCAAUGUGGAAAGGCUUUUUAGAUCC